AUGAAUGACAGAUUCAGCAGAAUCAUUAGCUCCAAGAAACCACCUUUAAAUCCUCAAAAUGGGAAGAAGAUGGAAUUGCAGAGAAGCAAAUUACAGUCUGCAGAAAAAACUCCGGGGAAUUGGCGCCGGUCAAUGAGAGAAAGAAAACUGGCCUUAUUACAAGACGUUGAUAAGCUAAGGAAGAAGUUAAGCCAUGAAGAAAAUGUUCAUAGAGCUUUGGAGAGGGCUUUCAAUAGACCAUUAGGAGCUUUACCUCGGCUUCCUCCUUAUCUUCCUCAUAAUACCUUGGAGCUUCUAGCCGAAGUAGCUGUAUUGGAAGAAGAGGUAGUUCGGCUCGAAGAACAGGUCGUAAAUUUUAGACAAGGACUAUAUCAGGAAGCUGUCUACAUAUCCUCCCAAAAAGGUGUGGAGGAUUCACCGUUUUCAUACACUGAGUCAUCAAUUGGAAGUUCUAGACGAAGCCACUCGAGAUCCUUAUCCCAAAGUGAAGUCAAUAUGGCACAACCUUCAGCUUCUCUCGCGAGAAGUGCAUCUACAAGAAGUGCUACAAGAAAACGAUUGCCUUUCGAAACCGUGUCUGAAGUCACAAGGGAUUCCUUUAACAGGGCAUCAAAUGAAAAACUAGCUUCUUGUAAACCAAAUUUGUCCUCGGAAUAUGGAUUAAGAAAUGAGGACCGAUCGUAUCUCAAUUAUUCCAAUGAUAAACUAUCUUCGGAAAAGAGAAGACCUGUAAUAAAUAUCCCGGAAAAGGGACCUGCACUGAAGCCUGAACCAAUAAGAAAAAUUGCAAGUCCAAGGAAAUUACAGUGUAGAAUUGUGGAGCAAGCACGAGAGAGUUCGUCGAGUUCAUCCGAUGACAGAGUGACAGAUACAGAGAGCCCGGCCAACAAAAUCUCAGAGGACAUACUAAAGUGCUUGUCCAGCAUUUUUCUAAGAUUGAACAAACUGAAAGGGAAAACGAUGGAUUCAGAGUCUUUUUCUUCACUAGUAUCUAGAGCAUUUAGUAAAAACAACAUGGAAUCAGAUUUUCGAGAUCCUUAUUGUAUAUCUUCUGAAUUUAAGAAGAGGGACAUCGGCCCUUACAAACAUCUUUGCACGAUUGAAGCUGGUUCAGUUGAUCUGAACCGCAAAACAAAUGCAUCAUUUUUGAUCCAUAGACUAAAACUCCUCCAUGGCAAGCUAGCGUCCAUCAAGUUAGAGGGUUUAACACAUCAACAGAAGCUCGCCUUCUGGAUAAACACCUACAAUUCCUGCAUAAUGAAUGCAUUUUUGGAGCAUGGAAUUCCCGACAAUCCUGAAAUGGUUGUAGCACUAAUGCAAAAGGCAACAAUAACUGUUGGAGGACAUUUGCUAAAUGCAAUUAUGAUUGAGCACUUCAUCUUAAGAUUACCAUUUCAUUUAAAAUAUACAUGCCAAAAAUCUACGAAAAACGACGAAAUGAAGGUUCGUAGCACAUUCGGCUUAGAGUGGUCUGAACCAUUGGUCACAUUUGCACUCUCUUGUGGAAGUUGGUCCUCCCCUGCUGUGAGGGUCUACACUGCAUCUCAUAUUGAAACCGAGUUGGAAAGUGCGAAAAGAGACUAUUUACAAGCAGCAGUUGGGAUUUCAUCAGAAAACAUGUUAAUAAUUCCAAAAUUACUAGACUGGUAUCGACUUGACUUUGCAAAAGACCUGGAUUCAUUGCUUGACUGGGUUUGCCUACAGCUACCGGAUGAACUCAGGAAUCAGGCAGUAAAACGUCUUGAGAGAAGAGGAAAACAGCCUCUUUCUACAUUAGUACAGGUUAUGCCGUAUAAUUUCAGUUUCAGCUACUGGAUGAUUAAGACCACUGUUUGA